AGUGUUAGUCACGCAGUCGCCAAGUGAAUACCCAAAACAGAAAGGUGAAUAUGGCGAACAUUUCAUGGAAAACAUAUCCUUAGGCACAUAGCAAAAAUACACAAAAAACCAUUUUCAUUUGACAUUUUAGUCUUUUUUAUGAUUCGAUGUAAACAUGAUUUAUAUAAACGACGACGCUACCAAACUAUUCGCAAUGUUUCGUUUUUCUACCUUCGUUCGAUAGGAAUUAGUGUCCAUAAUCUAGAAACGAAGAAAAAACAGAAAAAAUCGUCAAGUUUUCAUUUUGGCUCAUUAGAGAGAAAAAAAGAGUUGUGUAUUGGAUUCGUUCUCUGUCCAGACGAAUAAUUGCUAAUAGUUGUGCUGUUUUCUUUCUUUCUUCGCUGUUUUAUGGUGCUUAAAGACCUUUUGUCUUGUGCAAUUUGCAACGCAAAAAUUGGUGGUUCAACCUCAACGGUGACAUUCAACUUGUCCAAUCGAAAAUGUUCAGGAAGCAACCGUCGGAUUAGGUGCGGUAAUUUUAUUAAAUGUACCAUUGAUGCACGGUUAAAAUGGCAGAAGGUGGCCUAAGCUUGAAUCGAAGCCAGGAGUCAAUCGACGACCGCAGUAAAGAUCAUGAUUCAAUCAUUCAAUCAUCACAUGUUUUGCAACGGAUUAAAUCGGAUCGAAUUCCGGUAACAAAACCAGAAGAAGAUCGCCGCAGGCGUACCAUUAUCGUCGAAAAGAAAAAUGGAUCGUUUGGCUUCACGCUACAAAGUUACGGCAUUCAUUAUAAAAAGGAGCAAGAGGUUGAAAUGAUUACGUACGUGGAUUAUGUCGAAUACGAUGCUCCAGCCUACAAAAGCGGAAUGCGCGAAGGAGAUGUGAUUCUAUCCAUUAAUGGCACUGAUAUGGAAAAGGCUGAUCAUAAAACGAUUGUUACAUGCAUAAAAAAUUGUGAUUCGCGAAUGCGUAUGGUUGUGUUGUUUGAGGACUGCGUACGAAAGGUGGAACUGCAUAUGCGAUACAUUCAAUUGCAGAAUGUGUUGCAUGCAAAAAUGAAUGAACUAGAACGAACAUGUUUGAGAGAGCGUGAACUACUCGAAGGCAAAUGGAAAACGCACAGUUUGCCGGCACCUCGAAAGCAAAAAGCAGCGUCCACGUCAAAUGUAUCACCGUCAACCGAAUACUUAACGCCGUCUGUUUCCGAUAUAACGAAUAUAAAUACAACGGCAUUUCCAACGGUUCGUCCAAUUUCGGAGGAUGAUUUAACCAAAGCGAAUAAACACAUUGUUAUGUUGGCAACUUAUCAGUAUUUGGAUCCACAGUGUCGUUACAUUUUAAAACCAUCCGCAUCGAAUAGUGGCGAAUACUUGCUGAGCAUUGGACCUCCAGCCCGAAAUCAACAAUUCUACAGUACGAAUAGUAUGUCUCACGAUGAACUGAAUGCUUCCCAGGAAAAUGUCGAAAAUCACGUCGACAAUCAAAAGGAAACGACGCGAUGCAAUCCGAAACCUCGAAACCACUGCCAUAAACGAUCAUGUAAUCCAUGCUUGGGACAACGUGAUAAACAAAACAACGGUGAUAACGUUAGCCUUGAUGCAUAUGAUUUAGCCAGUCCCUGUUGCAAUCCCGAAUGUGUUCCGACCAGAAGGUCAAAGCAUAAAGAACAUAAGCAUAAGCACCGAGAAAAGGACCGUUCACAGCGACCCCGAUCACAGUCACAUGUUUGUCAUAAGAAGCAAGCUGCACAGUGUAAUCACACCGAGAAACAUAAUCACCGUCGACUACACAAUUUGAGCAAUCAAUUGGCAUCACGUUGUAGUCUUCAUUCAUGUUUAACAUCAAGUGACUAUGACGGAGGCGGAGGUGGCGUUGAAAGUAGUGCCACAUCCUAUACGACGUCAUUAAGUACGGAUACAUUGUAUUGGGAUCAACAAAGUGAUGCAUCUGCCACGAAUAGUCGACAGCAAUCAAUCAAAUCUCGUCAAUCGUACAAUAGUCUUCAGCAUCCAAACGCAAUGCUAAGUAGCGCCAAUGUAAUGCCACCACAUAGACAUCAUCAUCACCAUCAUCAAAAGAGAGGCUAUCAUAUUGCAACGACACAAGCGGUGGCGGCGCCAUCAGCAGUAGCAGCCCCGCAACCAAUUUCAAACCAUGAAAACAUUUCGUAUUACGACACACAAUACAUUCAGCAGAAGCCAAAGUCAUGGGAUAAUUUGGCGAUGAAGGCAAUCGGCGGAUAUGGUUUUGGUUAUGGAUAUUUGGAGAAAGCCAAUACGAAAGCUCGUACAAAUGUAACGGCGGGGACGGUUCGUACGCAUUUUUUGGAAUCCGAUUCACAAAUCUUGUAUUCAUCACAAGCGACCAAUCGCAAUUUAAACGAAGUCGUUCAUUCGAAUCAUCAACAACAUAAUUCAGUGCCAAGGAAAAAUCCAUCGGGGCGGUAUUCAAUGUUAAAUAAUAUUGAAAAUUAUGCACCGCCACCGUCGCAAUUUGUUCAGGAAUUUGCCACCGCUACCACAACAACCACAUCGUUCACCAAAUCCACGGAUAAUCUAUUGGACACAUACAACGUAUCGAACACAAGCAUUAAUUCGUGCGAAUGCAAUGGACCGGCCCUGAAACAUAAACAACAAUCGAAGGAGUGCCUCGGUUACUAUUCCAAUUUGCCAAAAACAGCUGUUUGUAAAACAAUGCCGCUGGCCACAAAAUCUAAAAAUGACGCAACUAAAAACGGUGAGACCGUCAGCACCGUGUCCGAAAUAACUCGCUUGUAAGUUGAGUCGUGUUCAUUUUCACAUUUUGUUUGCCAUAGUCACCAUUUGUGUUGUCAACGUCGUCGUUGUCGUCGUUUACCGCUGAAUCUAUCAAUGAAGUGCAAUAUAUUCCCAAAGAAAAUAUAAAAAAAAAACAAUACCUUGUUACCAAAAUAAAAACAAGAACAAAAACAAA